AUGCGUUAUCUGCAAGAACCACCGUUUAACAUGGAGGCUCCCAAGAAAGAAAAGAAAACCAGAAAAGCCAAAAAUAAGACGGGAGAAGAAGUGGUUCAAACAGUGCUAAAAACUCCAGAACCUCAAAUGAUUGAGAAUGCAGAACCUCUUACAAAAGAAUGGACAGCACCCCAUUACACUACAGGUGAUAAAUUUAGGAUGCAGAAAUACCUGGACCCAGAACCUCAAAUGAUUGUCAAUGAACAACUUCCUUCCUAUGAGGAAAUGCAGCAGGCCUGCCGAGAUCUGUUCAAUGGUCCAAGUUCAAUGGAAACACAACCUGACCUAGCUCCCGUGCAUAUCAUAGAAGAAGGAGUCGCUGUGUUACCAGAUGGUCGACAAGUGGAAUGGUGGCCUGUAGAGGGGGAAUUCGAUGUACCUAAUUUAGAAGAACUGGCUUUGCAAGAAUAUCUGAUGGAUGCAAGCAAGCCUUUGCAUACCAACUUUGUCCUGCCUGAACAAGGACUUGCCAUUUGUUAUACAUGCCCAGUGUACUUUGGCAAUGCAGACAGCAAGCAGCCAGUGUUGGAUACCAUUUGUAACAGCAUUCAUCCCAAAAUCCAUGAACAAUGGGGAACCUUUGCCUGUCAUUGUGGAUUAGUGCCUAGACUCAAGCUGGGUCAAACAGCAAGAAAUCCAAACAAAGUGUUCCUAAGCUACCCUAAAGAGAGAGAAGCCAGAUGUAAUUACUUUCAGUGGAUUCACCAGGCACCUAAACCUGCUAAGGUCCCUAAAGCUUCUACACCCUCAGCUCUCAAGAAACGAAUACAUAAGAUGGUACAAGAAAGAUUACAGUUAGAGAAACGAUCAAAAGUAGAAGAAGGAGGAUUUAAAUUUCCUUAAAACUGUAAAAAUGAAAGCAUUAAACAUUGUGAUCCGAUUAAAAACGUGUCUUUACUUGUCUAACACCCUUGGGGAUUCUUGCCCAUUCUUGCCCAAUACCCUAGGGACCUUAGGAGUCUUAUAAAAUUGGGCCAAUUUCUGUUCAAAUCACAUUCUCUGUGGCGAUGGCUUGUGAAACGUGUAAAGAAGAUCUUGAAAUGAUGAACGUAGAUUUUGGCGGUCCUGACGGUCCUUUAAACACUCAAUUUUUGCUUCCUUGUUUUGAAGAAAAGAAACUCUGCCCAAGAUUUUAUGGAAAAGAAUUGGACAAGUCUUAAAAAGAGGACUCAAACGUAAAAUACCAGCAGCGAUUGGUCUGGCUGUGAAAACCAAAGCCAAACAAACCUAUAAAAAGAAACGACAACAUGUGAAAGACAUUUUAGGGGUGUAAACCAUGAGACAAGGACAAAAAUCACAAUCUCACAUAAGACAUCAACGAUUUGUAGGUCGUUACCAUUCACCUUAUCAACGUGGAGGCACUAUUUUUAGACAACCUCCCAACCCAUGGGGAUUCACUAAUUAUAAACCGUAUGAAAUAGAUCCAUGGAUUGCAAGAAAAGUAAGAAAACAAAAAGGAGGGAAAGUGCAUCCAGUCAUCUACCCUUGGAAAAACAAAGGACGGAAACGUAUAAAUAGACGGUGCAAACGGCGUUAAGCUAUCAGUCUGUCAACAUGUUGCUGAAUCUGUUUGACAUUCCCAACAUUGACUAUCGGUAUGAAGCCAAACGGUGGAUUCCUUUCAAACCGGCUAAUACUGGAACUCGUCCUAUUCUUUUUUACUGUACCGGCAGGGGAUGAUUAUUAUGAUUUGAAUGAAACCGAGCUAGAAAUCAAAGUGCAUAUGAACACCACAGGGACAAAAAAAGAAACGACAACAUGUGAAAGACAUUUUAGGGGUGUAAACCGUGAGACAAGGACAAAAAUCACAAUCUCACAUAAGGCAUCAACGAUCUAUAGGUCGUUACCAUUUACCUUAUCAAUGUGGAGGCACUAUUUUUAGACAACCUCCCAACCCAUGGGGAUUCACUAAUUAUAAACCGUAUGAAAUAGAUCCAUGGAUUGCAAGAAGAGUAAGAAAACCAAAAGGAGGGAAAGUGCAUCCAGUCAUCUCCCCUUGGAAAAACAAAGGACGGAAACGUAUAAAUAGACAGCGCAAACGAUGUUAAGCUAUCAGUCCGUCAACAUGUCCCUGAAUCUGUUUGACAUUCCCAACAUUGACUAUAGGUAUGAAGCCAAACGGUGGAUUCCUUUCAAAGAGGCUAAUACUGGAACACGUCCUAUUCUUUUUACUGUACCGGCAGGAGAUGAUUAUUAUGAUUUGAAUGAAAUGAUUAUUAUGAUUUGAAUGAAACCAAGCUAGAAAUCAAAGUGCGUAUGAACACCACAGGGACAGGAGGACUUUCCAAUGAUGAAAGAGGGGCUUCGGAUGGUAAUGAUACCAAAUAUGUCUAUUGCGUCAACAAUUUUGAUCAUUCUCUCUUUAAUCAAAUGAAUGUGUCUUUCAAUGGAGUGUUGAUGACAGAACAAAGCAAUGCCUAUCACCAGAAAGCUUACCUAGAAACCCUACAGAAUUUUAAUCGUCAAGAAGGAGAAACGACCUUGGCAGCUCAAGGAUGGGUGAAUGAACUCAAUGUCCUUAAGAAUUAA